AUGUUCAGCAUUGCAGCCGACGUGGCACCGACCCCGACACAAUCCAGGAUCAACUUCGACGCCUCCAACAUCAAGUCCCUCUUCAACGUCGUGUCCAGACAACGACCUUCGACCAUCGCCCUCGCCAAAAUUUUUGGAUUAAGCAUCCUCUCAGAGAUCGUUAGUUGCUCGUCGAAUCUCACCGGCACGAUUUUUCUGCUCUCCAACCCCGACUCAUCAGUCGAUCAAUAUAUCCCAGAAACCACCUCGCUUGACUUUCCGAUAAUGUGUAAUCAAUAUCUGCAUGACUGUGGUUGUGACAGGGCCCCCGCACCGCCUCCAUCGGACGCUGCGCUGGAUGCCAUUCAAGACUUUACAGAGAUAAUUCCAGCCUCGCAGGACUGCAUUGCGUGUGCAGUAGCGGGGUGUGAUGUAUGCUGCUGCUCUUUGCAGAAACUCCAGAACUUCUCGGUCGUAUGCUGGUGCAAGAAGUGUACCGGGCUCUUGUGUGCCGUGUGCGAGAAAACGGUUCCAGAGGAGUGUCUUUGUCUUCAUCCGGACCUCGAUGAGGGGUAUGUUUCUUUGGAGGAAGUCAUAUUCAAAUUGAACCUACUUCUAGAGGGCUCAAUUCUGACAAAAAUCGAGGAUACUCGAGCUCUCCUGCCCAGGGCACGGGAAGUCAUUUUCGUGUUAAAGGAUAGGCUUGAUGAACUAGAGGAGGCAGUAGAUCAUCUCGAUGACGUUCUUUCUGGCAUCUGGAGUCCCUCGGUGGCUGCCGAACUUCUCCAAGAGUACAACAUUUCCGAAGAGAACGAGGUCCUCGACGAUGACUGGUCGAGUGCACAGGCUCCUGGACAAGACAAUCCUCCUUCCCCCCAAGCUUUUCAAGUCCCGACUUCUGCAACCCAGGCGCUUUCAUUUCAUCCUGCUAUAUAUUCAGCGAUUGAAAGCCUUGCUCACGUUCAGAACACCAGUCCCCAUCCGACCCUUCCCGCAUCUCGUGUGGCCGAUCAUUCUCUUAGUGGUAUGGGUGGAGGCUUCAACGAAGAAGUCCUGGACAAGAACGCAGCCGAGAUACCGCUAAAAUAUCGCCCUUUGGUAAUCCAAAGUGCCCCCGCUGUCUCCUUCGGACCUGAUGAACACGCCCAAUCGACAAGCUCUCGCCAAUGCUCCACCCUGCUUGCAGAUAUCACCAAUGUCCUUGCUAAGGCUCCCCUCGAAAGGCUCCCGCUGACAGUCUCAUCUAGAAUUCCCCAUCCCGCGUUCAAAAGCAUCAUGGACUAUGGCUCGGACGAAGAGGACUAG